AACACACGCUGGUUGUUUUUUGCCGCGGCUACUGGUCCCGUGCCGAGCGUGGUGGUGCACAUGCGGCGGCCGUGCUAGUGCACGCCAGCUAAUGUGUGUGUGUUGUUCUCUUUUUCCGAUCGUGUGUGACUGUGCGGCGGCACCGUGGCGACUGUGGACUCACUACCGUGGCGGCACCACCAUGCAGUGGGCAGCAGCGAGGGAGGAGGACUAGACAGGAUGAACGGAGCUUUGUAUGAGGACUCGGCCGGCACACGAGGCCUGGAGCCUACGGGCCAAACACCACUACACAUCCCGGCCAAGCGCGUGGCCACCACCCUGGCUGUGUCCACGUACCCGCACCCGCCCGAGUGCCCCACGGGGCCUGACUCUGGCACCGCGGCGGGUGUCAUCAGGCACUCGCACUCCACACAGCCCUGGAACUACCAGCCGGAGCAUGCAGCAGCCACGGCGCCCUUCGACUCCCAGUACGGCCAGGCCUUCGGGCGGGACGGGGUCACGCCCACGUACUAUAACAUUGCGGACACCAGAGUGGCUGACCGCAAGACUUUGGCCUUCUGGCCCAACAAAUACGACUACGCACCGGGGCCAUCCUCGAUGACCACGGAGUCAUGCCAAGCCUUUGCCGCUCAGACCUGGUGCAACUACCCUCCCUACGGGCGUGUGGGCCAUGUCGAUGCCCACGGCCAGCCCGUGCCAUACCUAACGGCGGCAGAUGGUGCCCCAAAAUCUGCCAUGGAAGCUGCCGCAGGAUAUCCCCACGACGGCUACCUGAGGAACUACCCCACAGCAGAGACUAUGCCCCCCGCACCUUACCCUCCAGCGCAUCGGCCGCCCUUCCCCGUCUCACAUCCAGAUGCGAACAGUGGAAGUUUCUGGCUGUACGGGGGGAAAGGGAACCCACUAUUAGGCGCGUUGGGCUCCAACCCGCUGGAGUGGACGGGGAACAUGACGGUCCGGAAGAAGCGGAAGCCGUACUCGAAGUUCCAGACGCUGGAGCUGGAGAAGGAGUUCCUGUACAACGCCUACGUGUCCAAGCAGAAGCGCUGGGAGCUCGCCCGCAACCUCAAUCUCACGGAGCGGCAGGUUAAAAUAUGGUUCCAGAAUCGUCGAAUGAAAAACAAGAAAAAUAGCCAAAGACAGGCGGCGCAGGAGGCGGCAGCGGCUGCCGCGGCUGGCACUCCUUCCUCCGGGGGCGGCACCCCCGGCCACCAGCCCAACACCCCCCAGACUCCAAACAGCAUCAAGCCUUGACAAGUGCAGAGUUCCUGUCACCCCUCUGCCCCUAGCCUGCCCCCCGUUCCCCCGCCCCUGGGCGCCCACGCUGCCAUCCCCACCAUCUCGUCGGAUAUGUGGGCGUGAGGUGCUCAGGAGCGACUGCGGGUGGCGCGUAGUGUCAGUGCCCGUCAUGACUCGGCAUCACUAGACAGUAUGUGGUGACGUCAUUUUUGAUGUGACCAGGUUUGGCGGCAGUGUCGUGGACAGGAAUUAUGAAAAAAUAUAUAUAUUACUACGUCACACACAAGAAAGAGACUUGUCCUUGUGUAAUCAACCCAGUGAAACUUUUUUGAGAAUUCAAAAGAACAAAAACAAAAACAAAUAGCGGCCCUUACAAGGCAGUGUUUGGGCGGUCGAGCGCCUGGCCCGGCUGGCCCGGCUGGCCACGGCUUCGAAGAGUCGACCCACUUGGGCCAGAGUGGUGUUGACCGGUGGUGUUCCUAGUGACUCAGUGUUGACUGGCCAAGACUAGACGAAGCGAGGACGGUGCUCCUCCCGAUUUGUAAAUUACUAUUUAACGUCAGGUGUAAUAAAUGUACAUAAUUCCAUUUCGUACGCUGUAGGUAUUGUGCUUAAUGUUCCAUAAUUCAUUUCUCAGUGUACCAGAGUUUAUUGUGAAACUGUUACUGCAGAACCCGGCGUUCCUCAGACUCAAGGAACAGGGUCGCUUUACCCGUCUCAGAUUACGUUGUUAUUUCUUGUUAUAUUUUGUUAGAAAGCGCAGUGCAAGGUCGAUGUCUUUACGUUAGAAAUAGAAGCAUCUAUGUGAGAGCUGAAGAAAUUAGCUCAAGUGUUUAUCAUUAUCAUUAUUAUUAAUAAUAAUAUCAUAGUUAUAUUAUUAUUAUUAUUAUUAUUAUUAUUAUUAUUAUUAUUGUUAUCAUUAUUAUUAUUAUUUCAUUAUUAUUAUUAUUAUCAUUAUUAUCAUUAUUAUUAUUGUUAUUAUUAUUAUUAUUAUUAUCCUUUCUAUCAUUAUUACGUAUUUUUCAUUAAAUGGUCUAAAACACCGCUACUGCCAGUAUGAGUGUACAGUCAUCUCAUGAUGUCAAACUUUACUAUAGAAUCAAAAGUCUCUCAUGUAAGUCUGUUUUAAUCCUACCAGAGUCUACUCUUCAAACACAUCAGGACAAACACACAGAAUUUGUGAUUUGUCUUGAUCAAGAACAAAGUCUUUGAAUUAGUUUAUUUUUUAUUAUGAUUUUAUCACAUGCAAAAUUAGGGUCUAUGAUGGGAACCUCUUUAUUCUCAAUUGUUCAUGUUCACCAAUUUCAUACCAAGCCUCUUCUUAACAUGUAUAGAAGGACACAACUGAGCAAAUGCUACAAUGUGCUUAUAACUACAGGUUUAGGGCAUUAUAAUGGGUGUAUAUUUGCUGAGAAGGAGAAUUAAACUCUUCUAAACCAU